AACUGUCAAUCCGAACUUGAGACAGAACGAGGGACAUCCCCAUUUAGAUUACGUGUUGUUUGGUAAAUUCGUGUACCUUGUUUUAUCUCGGAAAAAAUAUUCUAGAAUCCAGUUUAAAGCAUUUUCGUGGCAAUAAAUUGCUUAAUUAAUUGAAAAUACACAAAGAAACAUUUUCACUCGUACCCAGCAGUAUACAGAAAUAAUUCAAUAUGGAAGAACUACUCAAUGAUAUCGUCUCCGCAGCUGAGUUAGAAAAAUUUGAAAAGAAAUACACAGAGGCAGAAAACGCUUCCAACGAAAAUACAUUCGAGUACGCUUUUUGUCUUGUGCGCAGUGCAUAUACCAAUGACAUUCGCAAGGGAAUCCAUUUGUUGGAACAAUUAGCUAAUAGUGAUCCAGGUAACAAAAGGGACUACAUUUAUUAUCUAGCACUGGGAAAUACUAGAAUUAAGCAAUACAUAGAAGGCAUGAACUACUGCAAAGCCUUCCUUGAAAUCGAACCAAAUAAUGAGCAAGUUCUCUCCCUAAAAAAAUACAUUAAAGAGCAACAGGAUAAAGACAUGAUGAAGGGAGUCGCAGUAGCUGGUGGAGCGGCGUUAGUCUUGGGUGGAUUAGUUGGACUCGGAGUGGCCUUAGCAAAGAAGUAGAAUCCUUUAUUUAGACGUACAACACACGACAAACAAUAAACACUGCACAAUUAUUAGGCAAUUAUGUUUUCGUUGUGUAAAUUGGUUAAGAUUCGACCCUGUUGAUGUAAAUAUAUGAUGAAAUUUGGAUUUGUAAAAUGUAAAUACUAUUAAAAUAAUUAUUAUUUAUGUAUGUUUAA